UUGACAUUCACAUUUCUAUUUUUGUGUUUAUUUACAAGAACCUGUACUUUGAUCGAAGAUCCAUAUUACGAAAACAGACCUUACGAAUUCUCCUUUAGCAUUGUCGAUUUUCAACAUAGAUAUGAGAAAAAAGACGUUAACGGAAUUAUCACUGGUGAAUACGGUUUUAUAACGGCAGAUGGAGUUUAUCACGAGACUGGAUAUGCCACUGAUAAGAAUGGAGAUUUUAUCAUAACCAAAAUGAGAAAUCGAAAGAUAACAAGUCUGAAAGACGCACGAGAGAUCUUUAAGAAUAGACCUGAAGCUGCCAAAAAACUCUUCGAAGUUGUAACGAAAUCUUGCAGUGGGUGUAAAAUUCCGAUUAUUAAGAAUCUAGAAGUAAACGAGAAUGAAAUUCUUGCGAAAGAUGCUGAACCAUUGAUUGAGAAAAAAAUUAUUAAACCGAUAUUAAAAGAAAUGAUGAAGAUAUUGACCGAACAUAGGAAGAAAACAGAAAAUACUUCCAUGAAAGAAGACAACGGAACAAGUUUAACAAAGAAAAACGAGUCUCAAAAAAAGUCCGAAAUUUUUCAAAAUAUUAAUCGUAUUCCGAUUGAUAAGAAAGAAAACGAACAGAUGGAACGCGUUGUCAAAGAAAUGAUGAUAAACUCUAUUAAAAAAAUCAUUUCUAACGAUACUAAAAAGAACGAAAUUAUUCUCAAAGACAGUUCUCUUAAGAAAAUGGCUAACGAUCUCUACUAUUAUUUCAAUUAUUCGAUAAUUUCGCACGGUCAUCAGGAGACUGGUUAUCGUAAUGGCGAUAAAAUUGGCAAUUAUCGAUCAUGGAGUGAAAGUGGCGUCGAUACACGAGUCAAAUACGUGUCAAACAAAUUCGGUCAUCAACCGAAUAUCACUUUUCAUCCACAAUCAAACGAAACAAAAAAAAGAGAUCAGUCGCUUCAAGGCUAUUCCUUUCUCUGGUAUUUUUCAUAAAUAUAUGUAUUCUUCUUUUUUCAUUUCAAAUACAUAG